AUGGAAUCCUCUGCUCUCCUCCCAGCCCGGCUGCCGGGGGGCACCACCCGGGAGUCUCCCAGGGCUCUGUUCCUGGCCGGGGGCUCCGUCAUGUCGUGUUUCCCCCAGCUGUGGCACUCGAGCACUCCGGACUCUCCGAGCAGCCCCGAGCCGGCGGCGCCGCCGGUGCCCCUGAGCCCGCUGGUGCUGAGCUCGCCGGGGGAGGGCGGCCGGAGAGGCUCCCCGGGUUCGGCCAGCCCCGGCUCGCCCAAGCCGGCCUCUCCGGUGGAGUGCUCCAUCUGCUUCACCAGCUACGACAACGCCUUCAAGACGCCCAAGGUGCUGCAGUGCUCGCACGUGUUCUGCCUGGAGUGCGUGGCGAGGCUGAGCGCGGCCCUGCCCGGCCCCGCCGGGCCCGGGGAGCCGCUGCCGUGCCCGCUGUGCCGCCAGCCCACGGCUCUGCCGGGCCGGGGAGCGCCGGGGCUGCGCACCUGCCGCCCGCUGCUCGCCACGCUGCCCCCCGAGCAGCAGCAGGAGCGCCUGCUCUGGAUGGACGGCACCAAGCUCUGCUGCCGCCGGGCCUCGGACGACGCCGAGAACCCCGAGUCGUGCCUGUCCAUCGACGUGGCCAUGAGCAAGGAGGACAGCGCGGAGCCGCCGCCGCCGGGGCUGGCGGGGAGGCUGUCCCGCUGCGAGCUGUGCGACGAUUGGAAACGAAUCGUGCUGCUCUCGGCUCUGGUGCUCAUCCUGUUCUGCAUCGUGCUGUGGCCCGUGCAGUGCGCGCUCAAAACCGGCAACCUGCGCUGCUUCAGCCGCCCCGCCAGACCCCAAUUCUUCACCCCCAAAACCACCCCGGCACCGGCGGCGGCCACACAGCUCCCGUUCCUCUAGGAACCCCUGGAGCUGCUCCGGGACGGGA